AUGGAUGCAUCUUCAAAACAGCCCCAAAUCUCUGAAUAUUUUCAAAAAUUUGCACUCGCAUUUAAGGCCAAAACCGUCGAAUUUUUCGCCGAGGAAGAGGAGCCCAUUUCAGAUACUGAACCAAAUUUCACUCUCCUCGACUCCCAGGAGUUCACAAUUGACCAGAAAGUUGUUGUUGUCAAACCCGACCCGACCCGGACAUGUUCUUCCCCGAAUUCAAUCCAACCCAUCAAUACUCAAUUCGCGGAAACCCUAAUUUCGUCUCUUUUUGCCAUUACGUCGUCGUUUGAGGCUUCUUAUUUGCAAUUGCAGACUGCCCAUGUGCCGUUUGAUGAAGAAGCUGUGAGGGUUGCUGAUAAAGCUUUGAUCUUGCAGUUGAAGAAGCUGUAUGAGGUGAGAAAUUUGUAUAAGGAGUCUAGAUUGAACCCUGAUUUUGAUUUUGAUGUGAAUUUGUUAGUUGGGUCUUGUUUGGAAGCUCAAGUUCAGGAGAAUCAGAGUAAGUUAAGGGCGUUGGAGACGAUGGUUAAUCGAUUGCAGUUUGAUAUUGAUGUUAAAGAUGAUGAGGUUUUGGUUUGUAGAAAGAAGUUGAGUGAGGUUGAAAUGUGUAAUUUUAAGUGGUCGAAAAGGUUGUCGAAUUAUUUGAAGGUUAAUAAGUCUGGUGGUACCGAUCUUCUGUUGACUGUUCGGGUUUUCGAGUCAAUGUUGGCUGAUGUGGAUAAGUUGUUGAGAAGGUUUGGUAAGAUUUUGAUUGGUUUGAUGAGGAAAGCUGGGUGGGAUUUGGAUUUAGCUGCAAAUUCGGUUUAUUCUGAUGUGGAGUAUGCGAAAAAAGAGCAUAAUAAGUUUGCGUUUUUGUCUUAUGUUUGUUUGGCUAUGUUCCGAGGUUUUGAUUCAAGGGAUUUUGGGUUGGAGGGAAGUGAGGGUUUUUGUAAUGGCGAUGGGUUGGGUAAAGGGGAUAAUAGUUGUAUGAAGGAGUUGCUUGAGCAUGUGUCAGGUGUUCCGAUGGAGAUAUUGAGUAGGAAUCCAGACUGUGAUUUUUCUAAGUUUUGUGAAAGAAAAUAUGAACAAAUUAUACAUCCUACAAUGGAGUUGUCAAUAUUUAGGAAUUUUGAUCACCAGGAAGUCGUAAUAGAAUCUUGGAAGUCGUUAAAGGUAUUUUAUGAGUCCUUCGUUAAAAUGGCUAGCUCUGUAUGGUUGCUUCAUAAACUGGCACAUUCUUUUAGUCCCAAGGUCGAAAUAUUUCAGCUGGAGAGAGGGGUUGAUUAUUCGUUAGUGUACAUGGAAGACAUCUUAAAGAGAAAUGUACUGCCUGGUAAGAGUAGAGCGAAGGUUGGAUUGACAGUACUACCAGGUUUUAGAAUCGCAAGAACGAUUAUACAAUCCCAAGUGUAUCUUACUGCCUUGUAG